AUGCCGGGCGACCUUGCGUCACCUACGAUGGUUCCGGACACCGAUCAGCUGCUCGUGGCAGGCACGCGGUCAGCUGGUGAAGGCCGACAGCUCUGGCGGCCGACGCCCUGCGACGAGUGGUGGCCGCUGCCGCCGCCGCUGCUACUGUAUAUAAACACGGACGUGGCCCCUCACAGAGCACAGCAGCACCGUCAUUCGACUUGCUUCUUUCUGUCAGCUCACAACAUGAAAUUUCUGGUGAUUAUCUUGGCCGCCUGCGUGGCAGUUGCUUGCAGCCAGGAGACGCGAGAGAAGCGCGGCCUCCUGGGGGCGGGAGUGCUGGCCGCCCCCGGCGCUGUGCUGGCGCCGCGCAUCCUCGCUGCCCCCGCCAUAGCCGCCGCCCCCAUCGUCGCCGCCCCCGCCAUCGCCCACGCCCCCCUGGGCCUCGGCCUGGGUCACCCCAUCAUCGGCUGAACAGCUUCACGCUAAUUUCUUUGUGACUGUGUGUAUUUUCCUGCGUGUCCCUAAAUAAAGUGCCUGUAGCCUCA